AUGCCCCUCGCUACCUUCUCCUCCUCCCUCGACGCCCAGGGCUUCCACUUCACUCUCUCUACAAUUGUCAAUGUUUCCUCACGGGAUGACCACUGCACAUUCCAUCUUCUACUCGAACUAGACCCGCACGUUUAUGCGGACCAAUACGAACUCGCGCAGCGCCCAGAAUACACCUCCUUGGUAUGGGGCGACGCGGAUCUCGAACGGCCUGUGUCUGCUGUACAUCCGAAUGGUUCUGUGCUUCUCGUCACUACACAUAAGCACGUUACUCUUCGAGCGCAAGCCACCAAUUUCACCGUCGACGUUCCUCUGCACGCACGCUAUGGCAGGCCAACCGAGACAUCCGGAGCAGCGUUCCAUCCCAUUACGCUCAAGCACCCUAUAGGCUUCUUCGCGUGCAUCGAUGACAGUAAGUGGGUUUGUCGACCGAUAGUAGUUCCUGAACUUCUCAAGCCGUAUGCUUCGUAUCCCGGAUGGCCACCUCUACCACUGUUUCUAGUCAAAGACUCGUCGCCCAAUGAGCAGCUACAACUUGUCAUACCGGUGGGAGUGCGCGAAGACUUGGCAUGGGUGGAUGUAGGAACAGCGAUCACAAUGACUGUAAUGUUCUUCUACUUGCUCUUCGCCUCGAUACGGACUGCUCGGAGACUCGCCGGUAACAAAUCGCAUGCGAAAACAGAAUGA